AUGCGGUCGCCGCCGCGCCUCGCCGCCGCCGCCGCCGUGCUGGCCUCGGCUGCGACGCUGGCCGCUGCCGCCGCGACGGACGCAGACCGAGCCUGUGCCGCGCCCCACGGCGCGCGCACCGAGGCGCUGGCGGUGCUGCCGCCGCGCCCGCGCGCGGAGCUGGAGGCCGCGGCCGAGACGGACUCUCUCGAGACCAGCUCCGCGACGGUGCUGCUGCAGCACGGCUGGCCCGUGCUCGCGUCGGCCGCGCCCCGCACGCCGGGGGAGCCCCCAGCGAGCCAGGCGCCCGGAGCCCAGCGGGUGCCACGUGGCGCAUGGCGCGGCGCGCGGCGCUGGCCCGCGCUGCCAGCGGCCUGGCGCGACCUCGUGGCUUCGGUCGCCAAGCGGUUGGCAACCCACGCGGGCGCGGGUGACAACCUCGGCAUCAGAGGCGAGAGCCCUGGGGUGCUGAGUGUCCUCAGCGGUGAAAAGGCCGCCGUGGAGGCGCACGACCCUGUGAUGAACCCCUCAAGCUUCUUUGGGUCUGCCCCACUCCUGGACUGGGCCAUUCUCGCCGUUGCGUGCGUGGUGCUCUUCGCCCUGGACUGGGCCGUGCUCCAGAUUUUGCCGAAUACAUUUGGCUGGUACGUCGCCCUGGUGGGCUUCUGGAUCGCCGUCGCGCUUGCCUUCAACAUCGUGGUUUGGAUACGGUUCGGCACUGAGGAUGCAGCAGAUUGGGCGAUGGGAUAUGGAAUCGAGUGGAUGCUCUCCUUGGACAAUCUGAUGAUGAUCCAGAUGAUCUUCAUCAAUAUCCGCACGCCCGUUGCCGAUUACCCAAAUGUGAUGAUCAUCGGCAUCGCCUGCUCCAUCGUCGCCCGCCUGCUGCUCUUCAUGAGCAUCGAGUGGAUGAUGGAACAUAUGGCGUGGAUCCGGUAUCCGUGUGCUGCAAUGCUGAUUUGGGUCGGCAUCCAGGGCACCAUCCCACAGGAUGAUGAACAUGUCGCCCUAGAGGACCUCGUCGUGGUCCGGGUUCUGAAGCUGCUGUUUGGCGAUUGCCUCGCGGCGGGCUACACCGCGGACGGAUCGGUAUUCUUGCGAGAAGCGUCCAGCGGCAGGUUCCAGGCUUCGCUGCUGCUGGUCGCCAUCCUGAUGAUCAUGUGGAUCGACACCGUCUUCUCGGUGGACAGCGUGGCCGUCAAGGUGACCCUGAUCACGAACGGCUACGUCGCCUUCAGCUCCAGCGUGCUGGCCAUGUUCGGCCUCCGCGCGAUGUUCUUCGUCCUCGCCGUCCUGCUGCAGAAGUUCGAGCUCCUGCAGUACGGGCUGUGCGUCAUCCUCAUCCUGGCCAUCUUCGUGGCGCUGGAGAUGAUCCUGUCCCCGUGGGUCGACAUCACGACUGCCAGCACCUUCCUGGUGAUCGGGGCCGUCUUCAUCGUCUCCAUCGCGGCCUCGCUCCUGGAGUGCAAGGGCCGGCCGCCCAGGGAGCCGCCCCCGGAGGGGCGCUGA